AAAAAUAAAAAAUACACUUUUUAAAAAUUAUGAAUUAACUUUCUGUCCUUUUUAUGUUGCUCUUAAGUAAUUUUCUUUGACAAAAAUAUGGUUUUAUGAUUAGAAGACUGAAGAGACUGAGCUAGCAAAAUAAUAUAACUGCAUGCUAGUAAUUAAGCAGCUGGGUUGAGAUUCAACUCUGUUGUCAUUUAAAAGCUAAUAGUCAUCCAAGUUUCUUUUGUGGGUAUUGAAAAGAGAAAGGAAUAUCCAGAGUUUUGUCCAAAAUUGACCUUUAAGGCAGGUGGAACAAAUCACCUUUUCAAGGUGCCUGUCUUUCUCCAUUACUGUACAUAUAUUUGUGAAAAUAUAUUGAAUUAAGCCUCUAACUUUUAGACGACUGAAAGUGAAUUCUGUUCCUAUUGAAAAAAAUACAUGUCUUUUAUCCUCCUAAAUAAGAACAAGUGCAAUAAGAACAAGUAAAACUAUCCAGAACAGUUGCUUGAGUUAUCAGGAACAGCAUAGAUCGUUGGAAGCAAAAAUUAUUCUUCAUAUUCCGUUUAAAAAAUUCUCAAAUAAGUGAGUGAAGAAAAAAUAUGUUAAAUGCAGUAGUAACAGAUUAGACCAGGAGUCCAUUAAAAGUGAUAUAUUUUCUCCAGUGGUGGCUCGCAGGAGCUGUCUAUGUCCAAGUAUAGAACAGGGAAUGUGUAAUAUUUUUGGAAGACUAAGUUCUUGAUUAUGUGGCCAACAGCAAUGCCAGACAGUGUGCUGAAAAAGCCUUAUACAUAGGAGCAAAUUUUUUUUUUAAUGAAAUGGAGGUUGGCUGCCUUUCCUCUGGGUGUGUGUAGCGCCUGCUGCAGGAAAAGUCUAUUUUGAGGUUGAAACUGUGCUGUGAGGGUGUUCAAGUCUUUACUAAAAGACGAAAGAUCAGAGAUCUCAGAAUUAUCCUUGAAGAUACAAGUCUUAUUUUUAAGAAUGAAAAAUCUUUAAUUGUCACUGGCACAAAAUGGUAAAUCUGUAGUAAAAGUUGCUGGUUUGUAUGCAGAUAUGAAUUAUGGGUCAUUGCCAAUGCAUGUAUACAUUUUUUAAGAACUGAACAGAUUUUUAUCUGAAUUUAACAUUCAUUGCAGGAAAAUGGAUUCACUCAUUGGUUAUUAGUGUGAAGUUCACUUGGCCUUUUUUCUUCAGACUUUUAAAUUCAAAAUAAUCUAAAAAUAGCAUAAAAUACCGUAUUUUAAAAUUAAUUAACUGAUUCAUAUUUUUAAAAUAUUCAACAUUUUAAUUCAGACUCAACUUGCUUGAUAAAUCCACUUUGGGAAUUGAAAACUGAGAUGACAUUAAGACUAUAUACAUUACAAAAGAAGGAAAGCACAUCCGGGAUGCCUUUUUCUUUUUGUGGCAACAGAGAAGUGACUAACAUGACAAAUGUCAGACCUUAAGACCAGAGGGACAUGAGGACUGGACUAAGCUCAUGAAGUUCGGUAAGGAGAAAUGUAGAGUGCUGUGUCAGAAUAACCCAGGCAGGGAGCAACUGGCUGAGUAGCCAUUUUACUGAAAAGCACCUGGAGAUUUUGAUGGAUAUCUGGUUGAAUACGAGCUAAUAGAGCACUUUCAUUGUGAAGAAAAUAAGCUACAUACUGAGCAACAUUAGGACGACUGUGGUCAGCAGAACAAUGGAAGUAGUUAUUUCCCUCAGAACUUCUGAAUUACUGAAACACUUACUGUAGUUUUGGCGUUCUAGUUAAAGAAAGAUUUGGAGAAGCCAUUGGAAGUCCACUGGAGGCCUACCAAGCUGGAGUGAGGAGAGGCUGAAGGAGCUGAGCUUGUUUACUCAAGUAAAGGGAUGACUAAGGAAAGAUCUAAUAGUCUGCAGCUACUAACAGCUACUGAAGGGUAGUUGCAAACAGCAACAUAGCAAGCUCUUCUUCAUAGUGGACAAUAAUCUAAGAAGGGGCAAUGGUUGUGAAUUGUGGCUUUGAGGCAGGCUGGUGUCUGGUUUUGAUACAAUUUUUCUCUUUUUUUUUUUUUUUUUUUUCCUUACUGGGAGGGUAGUACAGUUCUUUAAUAUGUUGCCUGGAAACACUGUGAGGUCUUCACCCUUGGAGCUUUAUCAGAGUCCACUAGGCAAAGUCAUGGCUUAACUGUUCUGGGUUAAUGAUAUCCCUUUUUCCAGCAGGAGGUUGAGUGAGGUGACUUCUAGAGACCCUUUCCAACCAAUCUGUGAUUCUGAGGUUCGUUGCUGCAAUAUCUGAGUACAGCAGAAGUUAUUUUUGUUCAUAAUGAUCCAUCACUGAUGGGGGAUUAAUAGUGCUCUUCGUUGUGUUGUUGGUUUGUGUUUUUUUUUAAUGGACACUGAAUAUAGCAAAAGUAAAGUCAAAGUUUCACUCUUAAUUUUAUGUACUUAGUUGAGUGCUUCAAGGACUUGCAAUAAAAUUCACGUGUUCAGCAAAAACUUCCUUUAACUUCAUCUGUUAGAGAUGAAAACUUAACACUUUAGCAAAACAGGUCAGAUAGCCAGAAUAUAAGGAAAAUAUAAUACUCUGUGACCUUCUUUAGUUCUGCUUUCUGUUUCCUUCGUAAGAUAAUCCUUUCUUUUUCUGUAUUUUGCCAUUUCAUUCACUGCAUACCUUCUGAUUUGGACCACAAGAAUGGCUGUGAAACAUACCUUUCUUCUUUUCUUAUCUGUCCAUACUUCCUCUCACUUCUGCAACUCCAUCUUAGUGGAUGAGGUAGACUGUAGUGGAUAAAAAGUGUAGGUGGUCCUUUCGUUAAAGAUUGUAGCACAAUGCACAUGUACAAGGAGUACAAAGGUAAUUUGCACAGUCAACAUUUAGCCUGGUGUUUCCUGAAACUAUAUUUGAAAUAUUGUUAAAAUAUUGGUAAUUGUAUACCAAUCAUGCACAUUCAUUCCAGUUCUCAGUGUGUUGUUUUUACACAAGAAGGGAUACAAUCCUCUUUGGAUCUUAUUAAUGGCUGCUUGAAAUAAAGCCAGGUGAAUAAAUUUUUAAGAACUGUAAGCUACCUAAAAAAUAUUUAAUGAAUGUUAGCUAGCAUGCUAAUCAGAAAAAUAGUCAGGAGAGGAUUCAUCAAAUGGCUAGCAAAAAGCCAGAGGUCUUUAUAUUUCUGCCUGUAAUUGGUAAGAGGCUUACAAGGAUAAGGAAGAAUUCAUCUAAUCCUAUUCUGUUUCAGAUUUUUGAACUCACACUUGUUUAUACAAUGCCAUGACCUGUGAUGUAUUGUAAAUAUGGAAUGAAGGAUUCUCCAUCUAACUCAAUAAAGCUGUUCUGCUCUGGAAAAUAUUUCCCUUCCUGAUUUUUCAAUUGAAAAGCUGGAAUAUUAGUUACUUGCACAUUCCUUACCUGAAAUCCCUGUCUUACUCUAGAUUUUAUUUGCCUGCUUAGAAGCUGGAAGGAGGGUAUUAGUUACCUUUAACAGUGAAGUGAGACAACUGAGCCUCUUCAGAGGCCUCUUCUAAAUUGUUUUUAGAAGUGUCAUUGGCUAGAGACAUUUACAGUCAGAAGAGAAAGGGGAAAGUACAGUAGGAUCUGGCAAUCUAGUACCUUGAGGAAAUUGCAAAUACUUUUUUUCAUGUUCUGAGUUCUUUUCGCUAGGAAAAGAAGUAGGUUAACCAGUGGCAUGUCCUGCUGAACUGACUCACUUUUGCUUUUUUCCUCUGAUAUUUUUUCAUAUGUUUUCUUUGUAAAUGGUGGUACCAAGGACAGACUUGAUGGAUCCACGAGCUUUUGGACGUCCUUCUGCAAAGACAUCUGUGCAGUUUCCUUGUAAGUCAGAGGGACCCUAGCUGUCCUUUUCUGAGCCUUUGAGGGAUGCAGGAACAUAAGGAUGAUAUCUCUGCAAAUCUGGAAAAUAUUUUUCCAACACAGUCACCAGAACAGUACAGAUUUCCAGCUUCCUUCAAUCUUUCAUGUGUUAGGCAGUUUUGCAAAGAAUACAGUAACUACAUAAUAUUAAGUGGCCAAUACAAUUAAUCAACCUUCUAGAGUACUUUCUGUGAGUAUUAUGUAGUUCUUAUUAAGUGGAAAGUGGUUUAUUACAAAGUAAACUACAUAAUGCCAAGGCUCUAAAACAAAGCCAUGCAAAACAUAAUUAAAAGGCCAGAAAUAAAACUUUAAACAUUAAGUAGUUGUAAUGUGCUCUUCCCCUCACAGAAGCCAAUAGCCUGAUACUGCUAACACUUCUGAAAUAUUGUAUUAAUCUUGAUUCUUGAGUAUUUAUCUAAGUGUAAUCUUGGAAAACAAAGCAAUUAUUUUUUCUUAUCCUGGUCUUAUGAUUUUUAAGUAAAUGUUUUGCAGUGUGGGUCUUCAUGAGCGUUUAAUUAAAUUGUUUGAUAUGAAAUAUUCAUCAGUGGAGACAAUUACAUUAAAAAAUCAUGUAUAUUGUUGGAUCAAAAGAAGCAGUUUUGGCAGACAGGGACUGUAAUAUCAUUGUUAAAACAUAAGGUUUAAUUUCACAGUUACCACAUUCUAACAGGUGAACCACAUACAAAAAUGCAGGUAUGCUUUGAAUUUGAAAUGCCAGGGCACUGUUACUACUCUUUCUAAUGGCUGCUCUUGAAAACAGUUGCAGUAAAUUACGAAUUAACUUUUAAAUAAGUUAUGUAUUUUGUAUGCAAGAUAAGAUACAUUGUCUACUUCAAACCUCACUGUAGCCCUCAAAUCAAGAUGAACCUCCUGUACAGAAUAUGUUGUUUUUUGCAGGAUGCUGUAAGAGAAACUGGUAAGAUUUUUUUUUUUUUUUUUGCAUUACUGCUCAAUUGGCAGUGUUAUACUUCCUGUUUAGUGUUAAAGUUACUUGAAAAGCAUUAUUCUUCUUAAACAAUGACUAUACUAAUAUUGCUGUACAGCCUUGAGGUGAGGUUUUCUGUUUGUUUGGGUUUGGCUGUUGCUGUUUUGUUUCAAAUAUUUAUCUGAAUAGAUUUUUUGUUUCCUUUUAAAUCCAGAGGAAUUUCAGCUCUUAUGGCUGGAGAGAAAAACUCAUCAGAGUUUGUGGAAUUAACUUCUUUCAACUGUGUCUUUAGUUUGCAAGUGACUAGGUCAUGAUAAACUGCAGUGAGCCAGGCAGCCUUCACCUGUUCUUCCAGUGACACUGUCUGAUGUCAAAUGGUCAGUAUAAUCCACGACUCCUCCAAAAUACUAACAGUAGUGAAAAUUUAUUAGAUUAUUUAUUGAGAUUUUUCCUAGAAUAAGGCAGUGAAUGCGCAGUGUAGAGGGAAACAACAAAUCUGUCUAAACUUUGGAAAGGUAGCUCUACAGACAGCAAAAGACUGGUACUUUAUGAUAAUCACAUGUCACUUAUGUCCACCACAGCAGAUGUAUUUCAACUGAUUCUUUAAGCAAAUCUAUCAGAAAAGUUUAUGGUUGAAAAGACUUAAAAUAUCUAGGCUUCUAAUGAGGAGAAAAGUUAACAAAAUAUUAGAAGAGUCCAGCUAUCUGAACUCUGCAAACGCUUCUGUUCUCAAGUAGGUGAAAUUAUUAAAUGAUAUAAGAUGACCUAUACUGAAUCUGAUCAGAAAGGGUAAAAUGUCUUGAAACUUUCUUAGCAGCAUAAUAGACAUGAAAUCAAUGCAGUCUACAGCUGCACUUCCUGAUUUCAGCCAUGAUUGACUGAUGACUCAGCUUCAUCUGUUACAGUCAAAUAUCAGUUUACAGAAAUAUUGUUCAACCAAAUAUUGUCUGUUCUCCAGAACUGUUAAGCUGAUAAAAAUUAUUUAUUCAAAUAUAACCUUGCAAUACAAUAUAUAAUCACAACUUCUACGUAAUUUAAGAAUCUCAAUAAACAAAAGUACUGACUUACACCUUGCAGGUAGGGCAAAAAAAAAGUCCUGUUAUGAAACCAAGUUAAAGAUCACUGCUGAGAACUUUCAGGUCUUUAUUUUCCUUUCACUUGUGUUUUUAAAAUACUAGUAGUUUUGUUCCAAAAUUGUAUUUUUAGUAUGAGUAAUGUUUCUGUAUGAAUCUCAGAAUUUCCUUUACUAGUUAAUGCAGCUGUGGAAGCCUAGCACAAAUUCCCAAGGUAGUACAGACAAAGUCACACAAAAAGGAGAGAAAAAAAUAUUUCAGACUUGAAAUCACUGAUCUCCCUACCCCAGAAAUUCUUUGCUGAAUUAAAACUGUAGCUGUCUUCAGUUAUAUCUACUCUUUCAUCUCUGCACUUCCUUAAACUUCUCUUACUCCUUCCUUGUCCCAUAACUCCUACCUAUUUUUACAGUUUUUCUGGCAGAUUUUCUCCUUUUCUUAUUUUCUGAGAGUUCUAUGAUACUCCAUGUGAAGUCUUUUCUUAUCCUUUCCCAUUGCUUUAAUUAAAACUUCUGCAUGCUGAAAAGUCCGCCUAGAUGUACCUGGUUCCAGGGCUGAUAAGCUGCUUUUCUCUAAGGCCUUGACUUCUUAUGAAAGAGCAUUGCUAUAUCGUUUUGGAACAGAGGGGUUUGUGGGGUGUUUUGUUUGUGUUUCUGUUUGUUUUGUGGUUUGUUUUUUUGUUGUUGUUGUUUCAUUGGUUGGUUUGUUUUGGUCUGAUUUGGUUUGGUUAUUUGGUUUUUUUUCAUGGUAAGUUAUAUUUUCAGUCAUUUAUUUGAAGUAUAUAUAAAGACUCAGUCCUGGCUGGUAGAACAAUGGGCUGCCUUGGUGGAGCUGAGAGGUGUCAUCAUGUCCCUUGCCACUGGGUCAGAGAUGCUGUAUGCACGGGGACAUGAAGCAUUCGGCAAUAAAGGGGUGCCCUUGUGCAAGACACUGCCAAAGUGUGUGCCGUGCAGUAACUUGGAAAUAUACAUUUUUGCUUUUAAUGCUGCUGGAAUGACCUCUAUUUUGAAUUGGUAUAUUUGUAACUGCUCCUACCUUACAAUCACGUGAUUUUGAGAUUGAAUAAUAUGAUGUUAAGCACUUCGAGCUGUACACAGCUCACAUUUUUAAAGCUAUCUAGGCAUUCUGGUUUCUUUAAAAAAUAUUGCCUGUUUUCUGAGGGAUUUAAGCCCUUAGGAAUUCAGGGAUGGGACAUGCUCCAGGUUAGGACAACCAUCUCUAUAAAGAGGUGAUCUGUGCAUGUAUGACAGGUGUCAGAGGUACUGCAGUUACCAGACAGCUAGUCAAUACUCUGAGAGUACCUUAAUGAUCAGUUGAGCUCACUAUACAGACAUCUGGUGAUGGCUAGCUGAACAAACCGUUCGAAAGAAGAAAAGAGGAAUGUAUUAUUGUCAUCUAAUAUGCAUUGCCCUCCUUUGUGCUUUCAGUGCACAGUACAUGUAGUUUCAGUUAAUUUAACCUUCUAGCAUUCCUUUGUGCCUUCCUUAAGGUUUAAAGGAAGACCAAGCAUGCUGCAGUGUUCACUCUAAGGCAUUUUAGGUAUGAAAAGGGCUUAUUCUGAGAGAAGAGAACUUAUUUCCUCCAAAAUCCAGGUACUUCAGUGGCUUUUUUAGAAUAUGCAUAAUUAUUUUUAAAGUUUUUGUAUCUUGAAAAUCGUAGAAUUAAUUCUUAAUACUCAAAAUAUUACCAGUGAAAAGGGGGGCUUGGACACAUUCAGAUGCUUUUCUCAAAUAAAAUAUGGUUCAGAUUAGUGUUUUUUUUAAGAAUGACUGUUACAUUCUUUGCAAGUCAUUCUGUGUAGCGCUAUCCUUGCAAAAUUUCAAGCCAUUUCACACACAGAAACCAGAACUUUAUGAAAUAUACUGAACAUGUAAUUGCGUAAGUCAUUUGAUAUAAACUGGAGUAUCUCAAAGUCAUCCAUUAAUUGAAGGUGGUUUAGAAACCUGGAUUGACUAUCCAUGUCCACACUUCAAUCUGUAAAACCUUCUGAUUACAUAUACAUAUGCUUAGGUGUUAGACCAGUUUCAUAGAAUUUGUAUAUUAAUGUAGGCAGUAGUUCAAUGAAAGUACUUUGUGAUGGUUGUUUAUUAGGCUAGCAAGCUAAUUUGUAUUACACCAUUCUAACCAGAUAUUGCUGUAUAACUAGAGCUUGGUAAAUAUUUUAAAACAAGUACUAGUUAAAAAAAAAAAAAAAAUAAAAAAAAUCCUGGUUAUCUUUAGCUGUCCCUAAGUAAUGAUUUGUUGAAGUUUAGGAGUAUAUUGGGGGAAAGAAUUAUUAUUAUGUACCAGGUCUAUUCUUUAUGCCUUUUUGAAAGUCAGCCACUUUUGGCCACUAAUGACGAUGAGACUUUGCACUGAAUGCAUCUUUUGCUGGUCUAGGACAGAUGAUCUUGUAUGUAUAUUUUGUUUGAAAUUCUGUCUAUAUUUGAUAAGGUUUCAAAACUAGUGUUUUUUAUAACUGCUUACAUAAUUCCCUAGCAAAAGGAGAAAUAUAGAUAAAAUAAGCUAAAGAACCCUCAAACAGAAUGAGAGAAUCCUUCCGUGGCAGCACGGAUUUUCUCCUAAUCUGUCGUUUGACAUAAGAUAGAUAUGAUAGGUGUUUUUUUAUUAUGUGUUUUCUUACCAUAACACUCUUUCUGAUUAAACCUAGAAGUCUGAAUAAGUGUUUUAAAACAUUUACUAGGUCACUAAUAUUCUUUAACAGACAGUACAAAAGAAAAUAAUAAAUCCAGUGUUUGAUACUCAGCAAAACAGUGCAUGUAUCUACAGCUUAACAUUGUGUGACUUCCUCCUCUUCUGUGUCAUAGUAAAAGAUGUAUUGCAGAAUAAAUAUUAUAGUCUUGAGUCCUAUUAAAGUAUACUGAUGGCUGCUGUGGAGAUGUUUAUAACUGUUUUCUUUAAGUUUAUCAAUAGAAGUAUUUGUGGUAGUUCAUUGUUGAGCUGUAGCUUCAAUUCCUAGUGUGUUGUGAAUCACCUGAAAAAUAGACAACUUAUUGUAUAUUUCACGUGAAGUUUCUCUUGCAAUAAAUUGUUCCAUUUAGAAAGACCUGUCUCGAUAUAGCUCCGCAUUUUGCACAGUGACAUGAUUCAUUGAACCACUAUAUCUUUGGACUUAGUACAUUAUUUUGUCUUACUAAAAGAUCAACUAACCUAGCAAAAGGUUCUCUUUGUCUCCUUUUGAUAAGAAUCUGAAAUAUUUAUCUUCAUCAGAGUAAUGUCCUAGUUAAGGAUGUGUAAUUGUCUUAGAUGUAAUUAAUUAAAGUGAGAUAAACUAGUUUUAUUAUUUUGAACGCUAGAGGGCAUGAAAGCGUGUUCCCAGAGAGAGAAAUGCUUUGCAAGUAAAUUGAAGCACUUCUGAAAUCCCCUAACUUUAGUAAUCUCAAAACCUAUGGAAAGCUGGAUUGGAUUACAGCAUCACAGAGUCACUCAGGUGGGAGAGCACCUCUGGGAAUCUUUCAGCCCUGUUCAAGCGAGGUCAUUUGGAGCAGGUAGUCCGAGACCAUGUCGCUUGAUGAACUUUAGGCUUUAUUUGUAGUGUUGAUGCUCUGAACAUGAAGUGGCCCAAACUGUUACACUACAGUAUUGUAUCAUUUUUCAUUCCAGUCAAUAAAUCUUCAGUAAAUUGAUUAUAGUGAAUUUUCUUCAGUGGGCUAAUGGGUUAAUAUUAAUUUUGGAUCUGAUCAGUUUUUAGGGUAACUUGCAAUGCCAAGCACUGACUCUUUAUUUUAUCCUCUUUUGUAAAUUAAUUUUCAUUAUUUACAUUAGAAACUUUUUGAUAGUAUUAUCUAGACAAAAUAUAAAUAAAACUGUUCUCAUGAUCUUAUAUUGCGAUUCUUUGUUAGGAUUGUGUAAUUCAGUAAGUCUCUAAAGCUAAAGGAAUGGAAUAUAAGCAAUUAAUUUUAAUUUUCAGGAACUUAAGGACAAAAUUAAUGGGAUAAAUAUACUGAAAAAUUAAUAAAAACAUAAUAUAUUUUUUCCCACCUGCAGUAUAAUUCCCUGUUUAAAGAUGCAGUUUAUAUUACUGCAAGUUUUGAUUACUUUAGAGUCAUGUAUUAAGCAAGAUUUCAGUCGUAGUUCAGGUACUGAUUUCCUUUUUGAUUUAGGUUAAAUCAGCUAAGUUCCUAACUUCAGCUUCCAUUUUUGUUAAAAGAGAAAAUACUUUUAUACUUCCAGGUGGAUAAUUAGCUUUUUAUAAGCUUGUAAAAAAAAACCAAAACCAAAACAACAAAAAAACCCCUGCACACAACCAAAUACAAACAUACAAACAAAAAAAUCCUGAUCAGACAAGAAUAAAAUUAAACAAACAAGCAACAACAACACAAAACAAAAACAAAAUAGAUAUUUAAAGUUAUAUUUAAUAAGUAGUUUCACAAAUGAGGUUCUGUGCCAGUUGAUUUAUCUAGGAAAACCUUAGCACUUCCUGGGAGGCUUGCAUUUUAAAUCUAUGUUUUUGUAUUUUAGACAAGAGAGUUGAUCUUUACUAUUUUCUUGCAAGCAACUCUUCCGUGUUUUUCCAGGAUUUUUGUCUGCUGUGUUGACCACCGCUCCACUCUGCUCAUUUUCACAGGGUAUAUUUUUCAUGGAGGCUAAACCAAAACCACAUUUUGCUUAUCCUCUAGCAAAUAGGUCCUGAGCAGCCUAAUGUUUUUCCUCUCAUUGUUCCUUUCUUUUGAAUAAGGCUUUGAUACAUAACACAUGUGCCCUCCUUCAAGAAUUAACCUAUAAACACUGUCUAUCAUCUUUGAAAGACAGAUUAACUUAUCUGACUAUCAGGAGAAUUGGUGCAUACUUUCAGCCGUCACACAGCCAAGCAAGGCUGAGUUGCAAAGACUUUAAGACUCAGAUUUCCCAAGUUGUUCUUGCAAUGUUAGUUCCAUCUUCCUGUGCUCAGGCAUUCAAGUUGUAUCUUUUAAUCCAUCUUUACAAAAAAAAUCACUUAAUACUAUACGUGAUGCUAACAGGAUUUCUUCUGUGUUAACAGUAAAUUAAGUAAAUUAAAAAGUAGACUAGAAACUUGACUUGUUUCUUCUAUAUUUCAGUUCUGUCCAAAGCAGUCCUGUUUUUGCCCUUGUCCUAAGGCAUGACUUCCCAAAUUAGCUCUGAUCUAAGUGGCUCUGAUGCAACUUACAUUGCAGUCAGCUAGAAGGAGAACAGGUUCCUGCCAAAUAGUUAUUGAAAUCCCACUAAAAAUGUAGGAUUGGAGGGUUCAGAGCAAGGAAUUAUUCUAAUUCAUGAUUCUCUGACAGGUCUUUGAGGAAUCAGAGUUUUGUUUAAUGUCCUCAGGAAAAACUGAAAGCUUUUCUAGGUAAUUUCCUGAAUAUACCCUUUGCUUAUUUGCGAAAUCCCCUUUCAAUGAGCCAGCUUCAAACAUGAGUCAAAGGUGCCUGGUAAUCGUUUGCACAAGCUCUUCAAUUUCAUUUGUACUAAAAUUAGGUUCCUCAGUAAUUCUUGAGACACUAUUUGUCCUUGAACUAUACCAGCAUCCUGUGAAAGAACAGGUAGAUAGAUGAGCUUUGAUUUAAGCAGUGUUUAAAAAAAAAUAAUGUCCACAACAUAUUUUGGGAUAGUAUCACUUUGUUUUGUAUUUUUUUUUUCCAUAAAUACAGGUCAGACAAUUUAUUGGAAAAUUAUCAUGAAUAAGAGCAUUUCUACACCACAUGUUAUUUAAUCUGGAUACCUUUUUGAAAACAAUGCUUUCAAUUUACAGAAUUUUGUACUUCAUAACUCUUUAAGCUGCAGAUCAGUGUGAAGUGCUUUUAUAGUGGUCAUAGAUGAAUUCAUAAUUCUGUAUGAAGGAUAACAUCUGCCUGCACAGGCUGCAGGAGUUGCCAAUGAAUUCAGAGAAAAACCUUGUUCAGGUUUUUAUCCUUUUUAUCCAAACUUCAUAGAAAGCUUGACUAGACACAUUUCAACAGACUUAACAUGCCUGCCUGUUCUACCAUCUUCCUUUCCUUCAUGAUCAAAGCAACUUUUUUUCUGAGCUCAGUCUCUCCUGACUUUCAUUUUGAUAUUCUCUUCUUGCUCUUCUCUUCUGCUGUGUCACCCAUAGUAGAUGCAUGUUUAAUGAAAGAGCUAUCUGUUUAGGCAUUUUUAACAUCUCUCUUCUUGCUCUCUGGUAUUAGUACUUUAAUUUAGGAAAUAAUUUCACACUUUUUUUUUUUUUUUUUAAAUCUUUUAUAUGUUUAGCUCUCCAUGUGAUUUGCUUCCAGCACAUUCAUUUUACUUUCUGAGAAAGAGCUUGCUGCUUCAUUACAUGGCUUUAGUAGCAAUGAUCAAAGCACCAAACUUUCUCUCCCUUUAAGUAAGUCACUACUAUUUAACAGAAACUUCCACAGAACAUAUACAUGAGAGGCCACAAAUAGUUCAUGAUUGAUGAGACAAAACUCUUCAUAUGUACAUCUCAAAUCAGGUUGUAUUAUAAUCUGUAAAUCUAGCACUAGUAAAAUAUUAGAUUAUUCUAAAGUUACUGAAACAGCAAAUCUCAGGUAUUUUGUGAUAUUUUCAAAGGUUUUUUUUUUUUUCCUGUUUACAGAAUCAAUGUGUGAGUGCAUGCUUGUACAUGCAUGUUUGUAUAUCUUCCCUCUGCAUACUUUUUAACCCUGUAUGAUUUCCACAAAUUUUAAUGAUUUUAUAAUAGUCUGGGAGAUAAUUAAGCUGUUUUAAGUUCACAGUUAUAGUAAACUGGAUAUAUAAAACACCCUAGAGCUGCUCUUUUGACAGAAGGGCUGCAGGCUGUGUUGACUGUUGAUCACAAAAAAAUCUUACAUGAAAGCAUUCUUGUGAAUACUCCAAACUCAAGAAUAGUAUUGGUACUAUGAACCACUUCAGCAACUGUUGUUCAAGUGAAAUGGUCUUAGAGAAAUAUUUAACCACCUAUAAAGCAGCCAUUUUUUUUUUUUAACAGAAACGAGGGCUGCAGAAUUAAGCAUUAAAGCCAACAAGGGAUGAUAAGUGAUCAUAAUCAGAAAGAAUUUGAAGUUCAAAGAGAUUAGUCCUGGGUAGAAUCUUAUUUUAGCUUAAUACAGUCAGCACAUGCAUUUUUGUUGAUACUUAGACCAAAACGAAACUAUUUGUGAUUUUUUUUUUUAAUUGAACACGUUAAUAGCGCCAGGUUCAUAUAAUAAGUAAUAUAUUCAGACUUUCUGACCCAUUAAAAUACGUCAGAGUGACAGAAAGAAUGGAAGACUGAAGAAAAUGUACUUGCCUUUUGAGGGGUUGAAUGGCCAGGGUUUCAGUUUAUUAUUCAAAGCCAGAAUUAGGUGGGGUGUUCUCUGCUGGGGUGGUUCUUUUUUUCAGGUGGAAAAGGAAUACUUCAAAGUCAGGACACUUCUUUCAGGAGAAAAAGCCCAUGUCAAGGAAGUAUAACAUUCUGAACAGAAAUAAUAUAAAAAAUGCAAGGUAGAAGAAAUUUUACAAAAGUAAACUUCAAGUUAUCUAACAACUAAAUGAAAUGUGGGAAAUAUAUUUUUUUUUAAAUUUUAGGUCUUAUGUAUUCAUAGCCUUCCAGUGUAAACCUUUAUUGAGGUAGCCCUAUCUGGAACUCUAGACACUAUUGUGCGACUGAGGAAAAUUAAAAUGCACAUUUAUCCUACAUUCAGGUGGUUUAGUCCUGUUUUUUGUUUUGUCAGUUGUCUUUCAUUCCUGUCUUGGUAAUGGGAAGAGAGGGGGAAAAAGCUGGAAAAAUAUCUUGUCUGUAAUAAAAUAUGCAUAAAUAUUAUUAAACUGUUUAGAAUUCAGAUUGUGUAAGCCAUCUCUUUGAAAUAGUGAGUAAAUAUUUGAUUUUAGCAACAUAAUAUUCAGUGCCAUUUUGUUUGGAGAUGUCCAACUAAACCAUCUGGUAGUGUUUGAAAACAGAAGGAAUAACUCUGGGAGAAGCGUCUGUAAAGUACUGUAUCCUAAUGUAAACUGUUCUGUCCACUGUAAUGACUCCAUUUGUCAGAGUUUCUAGUUGUUGAUAAAUAAGCAUUUUUCAAACAACAAAGUUUAUUUAUUGCUGUUGUCGCAAUAGUAACUGUAACAUUGUUUUUCUCAAAGUCCAAUGCUGCAUAGAAUAGGCCCAACAGCAGGGCAGAGACUUUGGGAAGGCUGCCUGGGGAAGGGACACAACUGGACUAUGCAGGAGCCACGGAAGGAGCAUGCAGGAAAGCCCCUUUAAUUUCCACACAACUUACAAACUGAUAACCUCAGUUAUUCUUUUCCUGUUUCCUACAUCUACAGCUACUUCAUCUGUCAAAAGAGGAACCAGUGGUCCUGUGCACUUUCCUGUGUUGCCCAAGGAGUAGCUGGUUGAGUUGCAGCCCCUGUGUCCCCUUGCGUGAUGAGCUGCUGGUGUAAUGUCCCUCCUACCAUCUGCACAGGAUGGCACCUGUCAAAGGCAGCUGAUGAAACUGACCUAGGAGUUUGUCACAGGCUGCACCUGACAGAUGAGGUCAAGGCAUGAGGGGGAGGCUACUUGAAGAAACCAUGUCAGGAGUCAUAGUGCCCAUGUCCAGACUAUAAAUCUGUCACGUGCUCUGUUGAACAACAUGAUCUGUCACACGUCCUGAAGCUAUAGUGGCUUCCCAUUGUACAGCCCAAAGAAUGGAGCUGGGUUAGAGGAAAGUGGAGAUCUCAGCAAAAACACCUUCACCACCACUGAGCCUCCUCUUAUAGCUGUAAUUAUUUGAGCUUUAGGGAAAUAGAGAGGAAUUUAGGGGUAAAACUUGGGCUUUUGAGUACUAAAAUGCAUCAGGACACAGAUAGGAAAGUGAAAUGAGUCUGUAAAGAUAUAUGCUUAUCAGAAGACCUGUUUACUACCAAAAGAUUUUACACUUUUUUGACUUCAGCUGACCAAAAAUAGAGGCUAAUUUCAUUUGGGUUUGUGUGUUCAUAGUUAAUCGAAUUUUCACAUUUAAAAUUAUGAAAAAUACAAUUUUACUAUUCAGUUAUUUGAAUCUUUUCUAAAAAAAAAAUAAAAUAGCAGUAGUUUACAUAUCUGGGAGAACACUAAAGGAGGUAUUUCCUUAAUAAUUCACCCUUUGCAGCUCUUGUAAACCUGAAGCUGUGAGCUGUAUUAUACUGGUGCCAGUGAUCAGCGAGGAGUGUGAAGCUGAUAUCCCAAUAUCUGUCAAAAAUAUAGAGCAAAAAAAACCUUGCAUAGGAUGUCAAAGAUACUGCACCAUAAAUGUGUAUUAUGCAUUUCUAUAAGAACUCAGAGUUACUAAUGAGUGUGAGGAUUAUUUUUACCUCUUCUAUAGAAAACUAGAUAUCUGCUUACACCAUUGAGCUAUUUUUUUCCAGAAAACACUGCCUACUAGUAACAACUUCAUGUCAAAUCAUUUGUUGAGUGUUUCUAGAGACAUUGUUUUCUUUUUGUUUGAAAGAAAAGAAAAAAGGCAGGAAGAGCAUAGCAGCUUCUCUGUACAAGUCAAGGUGUACUACAGAGUUAUUUGCUCCUUCAUUUCCUUGAAUUUCUAUAAACAGUGUGAUUUGUUUUGAUACAGUGAUCUACUGCAUGACAAUAAGUGGUUUUGAUAUCAAGGUAUAAAUUUAGUCUUUAGUAAUCUUGUAAGAAGAUUAUUUCUAUGACCUUAUUGUGGUUGGCUGCAUUAGCAGGUUUAGUGCAAUAGUGAAGGAAGGGCACUAAGGAGUAGAAAAGAGAGCUCAAAAUAAACGUUUGAUUCAGUUUUCUUUAUUAAAUUAAAAAAAAAAAGUUGCUGCUGUAUUAAUGUGUUGUACAAAAUCUUUUUUAUAAACAGCAUAUGGAAAGGAAACAUACCUGGCAAUAUUAAGUUAUUUAGAAUGUACUUAUAAAAAUACAGCCUACACUGGUUUUGUUUGCUAGAAGGGACAUAUUGAUUUUGGCAAUGCUCACAUGCAGUAUUAUCGCUCAGGUAUGUUUAAAGUGAUCUAUUAAUCACUCAAAUUUUAAUGAUACCAUGAUUAUGAAGAAGGCUAUAGCUUUUGAUACCCAGAGGCACCUUACUAACCAUUGUUGGAAUGAUCACGAUUCUACUCCUGUGGAAACUAGAUGCUAUGUUAUGAUAACUUAAUUAUACAGUACAUUCUCUAAACUGCUGAAAAAUAAUGUGACUUUUGGCCUGGAAACAGUGAUUUCACCUAUGAAUCCCAUAUACUCAAAACCUAUUUCAUGGUGUGAAGAGGUUUGUUUUCAGUUGACCCUGUAGUGCAUUUGUCAGUGUAACAGAAGAAAAAUUUUUCCUCCAAAGAGCAAAAUAUACCCAGUUAUUAUAAUUUUUCUGAAGAGUGUAGUUUUUCACAGUACCUUUAACCAUGAAAAUAGUACAUUUAAUCAGAUAAUUGAUUGGUAGACAUAAUAUAUCCCUGGGUAUUUAUUUUUCUAAUUCUCUGACCUUUUCCAAGAGAGCCCUGAGUAAUCCUAAAUUUUCAUUUUUAACCUUGCUCUUGGUAAAUAUUCAAUUUCUUCUUCAGCAUCUUUCUUAUGAAGGAAAAUAUCUAGGUUGGCUUUGUUCCAGGGAUCAUCUCAGUUAGAGAAACCUCUGCUUACUGGUUCUGGGAGAUCAUACCCACACUCAGAGCUGGUAGAGGAAAUAAUGUUGGCCUCACUGGCACAACCUCAGCUGGUGUCACAAUUGAAUUGUAGGCUGUGUUUGCCUUAAGUGCUGCUAGUGCUAGGCUGAAACAAUUGCAUGCAAGAGUUUGGGCUUGAAAUAAAAAUAAUAAUAAAACAGCCUCAAAAAAAAAAAAAAAAAACAAACAACCAAAAACCACCACAACAACAAAACAAAACAAACAAAAUAAAAGGGCAAAACAAACAACAAAAAGACACCAAACUGGAAUGACCCCAGGUAGCAGGGAACUGAGAUCAGUUCUCAAAUUUACUAUCGGUAAUUCAGUACGGGCAGUGAUGUCUUUGAGAAAAGCUGCCAAGAGGUCUGAAAAUUAUCUGCCAGUCUGAGACGUGCAUUCUUAGAGUGGCUGAUCUCUCGUAGAUGAUUAAGGCCUUUCAGAAAAGCUACUUAAUGUUAUAAAUUGAUUCUCUUUAGAAACUGUGAGGAAGGAAGACACACUGGAAGAGAGCUAAGAAUUAAACAAAGAGGCAAUUGACAGUUUUGAGGGCAUGUUUUCAAUAGCAGUUUUACUCCCUGGUUACUAGCUCCUUACUCUGCUGGGGAGGAAUAUAUUAUGGGUUGUGGAGUGGAUUUGGAUUUGGGGUUCUUUUCAGGAUUGUUUUUCUUUGUCUCCAUACUCCUUAGCUGUGUGAUACCAGCCAAAACAGAUUGUUCAAAUAUAAUCCAUAUAAAAAAUACAUUCAACACUCUGUUAAGAGUUUGAAGGCCUUUGUCUGGACAGCACUCAAUAAUCAGUAUUAGCUACUUCUGGUCUGCCUUAGUUCUACAUUUUUGUGCUCCCCAAGGGUUUACCAUAAGAGUUCUCACUUGAAUAAUGAGAUAAGAGCCCCGAAUAUAGGAAACGUUCAUGCAAAGGGCAAGUCUCAUGCAGCGGGAAAUCCCAGUUAUCCCUUCUAGCCUGUGCUCUCAGCCAGCCACAUGUCUGCCAAAGCAUACCCCAGGAAAAGGACGUUCCCUUACACAGUUACAAGUGCUUCAUGAUUAGUGCAGGGCACCUCCAGCACAACUGUCCUGCUGCCCCUCAAGGAUACCUUUUUUAGAAGAUUUUAGAAUUAGCUUUGCCAAUGGCCUUUCUGUGGGAUCCUUUUGGAGCCUAUAACCCUCGUCCAUCUCCAAGAAAUAAGAUGAGAUUUCGCUUUUUGAAGUCUUACAGUUUUGAUGUAGACAAUGGUACAUCAUCAGGACGAAGUCCCUUGGAUCCCAUGACAAGCCCUGGAUCAGGGCUAAUUCUUCAGGCAAAUUUUGUCCACAGUCAACGUAGAGAGUCUUUCCUUUACCGGUCAGACAGUGACUAUGAUCUUUCUCCAAAGUCCAUGUCUAGGAACUCCUCCAUUGCUAGUGAUAUACAUGGAGAUGACUUGAUUGUAACACCAUUUGCUCAGGUGCUGGCCAGCCUGCGUACUGUACGGAAUAACUUUGCUGCAUUAACCAAUUUACAAGAUCGGGCACCCAGCAAACGAUCACCAAUGUGUAACCAACCAUCCAUUAACAAAGCAACUAUAACAGAGGAGGCUUACCAAAAACUGGCCAGUGAGACCCUGGAGGAGCUGGACUGGUGCCUGGAGCAGCUGGAGACCCUGCAGACCAGGCAUUCCGUAAGCGAAAUGGCCUCGAACAAGUUUAAAAGAAUGCUCAAUCGGGAGCUAACCCACCUAUCUGCGACAAGCAGGUCAGGCAAUCAGGUCUCAGAAUAUAUAUCAAACACAUUCUUAGACAAACAACAUGAAGUUGAAAUCCCUUCUCCAACACAGAAAGAGAAAGAGAAAAAGAAGAGGCCAAUGUCCCAGAUCAGUGGAGUCAAAAAACUGAUGCACAGCUCCAGUCUAACUAAUUCUAGUAUUCCCAGAUUUGGAGUUAAAACAGACCAAGAAGAUGUUCUUGCCAAGGAACUAGAAGAUGUGAACAAGUGGGGCCUUCAGGUUUUCCGAGUAGCAGAGUUAUCUGAAAACAGACCUCUGACAGUCAUCAUGCACACCAUUUUUCAGGAACGGGACUUGUUAAAAACAUUUAAGAUUCCAGUAGACACUUUAAUAACUUACUUGAUGACCCUAGAAGACCAUUACCAUGCAGAUGUGGCAUAUCACAAUAACAUACAUGCUGCAGAUGUUGUUCAGUCAACCCAUGUCCUGCUAUCAACCCCGGCAUUAGAGGCAGUGUUCACUGAUUUGGAGAUUCUUGCAGCAAUUUUUGCCAGUGCAAUACAUGAUGUAGAUCAUCCUGGGGUUUCAAACCAGUUUCUUAUCAACACAAAUUCUGAACUCGCCUUGAUGUACAAUGACUCAUCAGUACUGGAGAAUCAUCACUUAGCUGUGGGCUUCAAGCUGCUGCAAGAAGAAAAUUGUGACAUUUUCCAGAAUUUGACCAAAAAACAGAGGCAAUCAUUGAGGAAAAUGGUCAUUGACAUUGUACUUGCAACAGACAUGUCUAAGCAUAUGAAUCUAUUGGCUGAUUUAAAAACUAUGGUUGAAACCAAAAAAGUGACCAGUUCUGGUGUCCUGCUUCUUGAUAACUAUUCAGACAGGAUUCAGGUUCUUCAGAAUAUGGUGCACUGUGCAGAUCUAAGCAAUCCAACCAAGCCACUCCAUCUCUACCGCCAAUGGACAGACAGAAUAAUGGAGGAAUUUUUCCAUCAAGGAGAUCGGGAAAGAGAGAGGGGAAUGGAGAUAAGUCCCAUGUGUGAUAAGCACAAUGCAUCUGUGGAAAAAUGGCAGGUGAGUUUUAUAGAAUACAUUGUUCAUCCUCUGUGGGAGACGUGGGCAGAUCUUGUUCACCCAGAUGCCCAGGAUAUCUUAGAUACACUGGAGAACAAUCGAGAAUGGUACCAGAGCACAAUCCCUCAAAGUCCCUCUCCUGCACCUGAUGACCAGGAAGAGGGUAGGCAGGGCCAAACUGAAAAAUUCCAGUUUGAACUAACACUGGAGGAAGAUGGUGAGUCAGACACCGAGAAGGAUAGUGGAAGCCAAGUAGAAGAAGACACCAGCUGCAGUGACUCCAAGACUCUUUGCACCCAGGAUUCAGAAUCCACUGAAAUUCCUCUUGAUGAGCAAGUAGGGGAAGAAGUAGAAGAAGAGGAGAACCGGGCAUAACCUUGUGUGGUAGAAGACCAUUGUCCCGACACAUAACAAGACACGGUCUUGUUCUUCUCUCUUGCCAUUGCCCUUUCUUUUCCUCUUUCUCUCUGGUUUUGUUUGUUUGUUUGUUUUCUAUUUUUAUUAGUUUAUGGUUUCCAAAGUGUAUGUCAUAUGCUACAACCAUGGUCACAACUCGCUGUCAUCUGCCAGGACAUUUGUUGAUCAAAACUGACCUUGAUGACUCAGUUUGGCACUCAGGAAUAUUGUAACCAGAAUUUUCACCUUCAUGGCAUCAGAAAGCUGAGGGGAUAACAUCCAUAAACUAUUCUUAAUAAGCUCUCCAUUUGACAGCUUUUAUUAAAUAAAGCAUAAAUUUCCAGAGGAGUACCACCUGCCAACCGAACGCUGGUAUGCUUUGAUAGUUUUUGAAUUCAUUGUAUUUCACAAGCAAAGCAUUGGAUAAUGUUCAUCAUCAGAGGAAAUGGACAGAAAAUAAACUGAGGUUCCUGCUGGAAAACAAAUGCACAUAAAUGAUGGGACACAACAUGAUUCUGUUACCAAUAGGAAGAUGAGCUGUGGAAAUUGAAUAAUUUUCUAAUUUCAAGUCUUCCUGAAAUGUGACUGAAGAAAGUGUGGCCCAGUGGGUUGCACUAACCUCUGCGUUUUGUAUCAUAUGUAAAAGAGAGAUCUUUUGUAGAGCUUACUUUUAUUAUUAAAUGUACCAAGGUAUUAUAUUUAAAGAAAAACACUUUCAGACUUCAUCUGCCACUGGUUAUUUUUUUUUCCAAAGAGUAACUUGCAAGUUUUCAGUACAAAUCUGUGCUACACUGGAUAAUACUUUCGGGUUUUUUUUCCUUCCCUUCUUUUUUUUUUUUUUUUUUUUUUUGCACCUUAGAAUCUCAUGGUAACUUUGAGUUGUAAAAGUAUAUUAUUUUAUAUAUUAGUGAGUUCCAUGAAUAUCCUUUAUGUUACAUAAAAUGCUGUCAGUCUGAUGGUUUUUGUUUUGCUUGUUUUUCAUCAUUUUCCCAAACAUCUUAGAGAAACUGACAUUGUGCUUUUGCCCUCAUAGUGGCCUGAUCCUGCCAAUUCUGUCUUAUUGCAAGAACCAGUCCCAGUGAAACCAACUGGGACAUCUAAGAUUAGGAUUUGCAGGACUAGAGCCCACGAGAAAGGUCAUGAAUUAUUGUCUUAAUACAAAAUCAGCUGUUUUACUAUACUAACAAAAUUCAUCACUCUGAAACGUGUUUUCCAGGCCAUUUGUGGCUGGGACGUAUAGACUGCUAAAUCAGAACAGGCUAAUACAAUAUAUGGGGAUAUUUGUUCUGGUGAAAAAAGCGUUAGUGUAAUAUUUCAAAUUUUGACUCUCUUAAUAACUUUUUAUCUCUGUCAAGCUAUCUAGUUAAACCAUUUACUAAUCUGAGAUGUGUAUAACAUAAAAAUAAUGAUCAGCAUUAUUUUUCAUGUCUGUUGCAAGAAGAGCCAAAUCGAUCUUUUUAUGUUUUUAAGUAAAAUAAUGAGAACUGUCAUUUACUCUGCAUUAUUUCAAUAUCAGAUCUUUCAUCCUCUAUUCAGCUUGUGCUGAGGGAAUUGUGCUUUUCAGUUUGGUUGGUACUGAAAGCUUCUGUAACUUGAGAAGUUAAAGGGAGGUAGGAGUUCGUAUUUGUUAUUUUCCAGUCGUGUUGUUUGGUUAAAUGAAAGAAGAAGAAAUUUUAUUUUCUCCACUUUACUCUCUGUUAAAAUUGUACUUUUAAGUGUAGAAGAUGAGAAAUAGUUGCCUAGGGAAAACAGCAGACUCCCACUUUAAAAUUCUGAUAAAAUGACAAUAGAAGAUGAUUUCUUAACAAAAGAAGAUAGCAACAGCCAUUAUUUUCCCUUGGAUUAAUUUUGUAGUAAAUUUGCAGAUAUGAAUACAGGUAUUUUUUUAAGUGUCUGAGAUCUAGAAAAAACCCUCUUCAAAAAAAUGAUUUGCUAAUAAUUCAGCUUUUAAAUGCAUUUUGCAUUCUUCUGUAUCCAAGUCAUAAUUGUCUCUACCUUUAACCCUCACAGGGCCUUAGUACAGAUGGUGGUGAAGGAAGAACGAGAAUGUAGAGAACUCAUGCAUUUUUUUUCAGUUUCUGACUCUGUUGUUGUUGUUGUUGUUGUUGUUGUUGAUUGCUUCUUCCUGAACCUGAGACAUCUAAAAAUCUUUUCAAUCCCCAAGAGUGCCUGGAACCUUAUAAUGGAAAAGCAAUACAAAUUACAAAAUAACCAGUAGGGACCUGAAAAGGUUUUGUGUGUGCACUAAUUGAAAGUAAAUGAAAAGAAUAAAAUCAUAUUGUGAAAUAUACACCCAUACAUGUGGACAAUCAAAUAGUAGAAAAUUAUAUAAUUCCUUAGAGACAGGGAUAUAAUGCACUGUACAAUCUUUUUUUUCCUCUUUUGCCAAAGUGUGUUUUAGCAUUGCACACUGCUUUAAAACAAUACAAUUUACAAGUGGCUUUUAUGUGUUCCAAAUAUUUUUGCCAUAAGAAAAUGCAGUGAGUUGGUAUUGAGUGGGGGAAAAAAUAAAAUUCACCUUGCUUAUAACAGUACAAUUUAGCUUGCAAGUUACUGUACUCAAUAACGCUGUAUUUGGAUUCGUAAAUUGUUUUGUGUCUUUACUAAAAAACUAUAAUGAAAGACUAUAGAUAGAAUAAAUAACAUUCAGAAGUUUAAAAAACUUGAAUGAAAUGGAUUUUACAGAAAGUUUUGACAGUUCUUUUCAAAUGCAUUAUUUAUUUUAUUUGUGCCAUGCAUUUUUCUCACCAAAUGACCUUACCUGUAAUACAGUCUUGUUUGUCUCUGUUUACAACCAUGUAUUUAUUGUAAUGUACAUACUGUAAUGUUAAUUGUAAAUUAUCAGUUCUUAUUAUAACAUCAUCCUUGUCAGGGUGGUGUUGCUGUAUUUGGAAACUCUUGGUGAGAGAAUGAUUAUUGUGUAUACAUAUUCCUUGUACAUUUUUUCUCCUGUAAUAUAUUCUGUGUCACCUUAGAGCUUGUUUAUGGAAGAUUCAAGAAAAGUAUAAAAUACAUAAAGAUAUAUCAAUAAAAAAAGCUGCAGGUCUUUGGUCCCAGGGCUGUGCCUUAACUUCAAACAAUAUUUUCUUCUGUUUUGCUGCAUUUGAAAGUAAGGUAGCUGUGGGGCUAGGGCUGGGCAUUUCUACCAUGUUUUUAGAUGCCAACUGAUGGGUUUACUCAUACGAGCUGAUAUGCAUGAUACUAUAAUGAGCUUUCAUUCAUGACCCUACUGGAAGUUCAAGCUUUUCCAGCAUUGCAAUAUAAAUGCAUUGCCUCUGAUUAUAUUUUUACAGGCUAUCAUCAGGGAUUACUGCAGCCAUUUUUUGCUCUUAAAAAAAAAGAAAAAAAAAAAGAAAAAAAUUCAGUACUGAAUUGCACUCAAACAGCUUUGGAAAGCAUCUCUAAUAAGCAUUUGUUUUUAAUGCGUAUUGGGAAAUUGAAUGAUGGUAAUAAAAAGGGUAUAUGUGAUAGACUUUUACAAUUAUCUGUAAUAUCCCUUGUUUAAUUUAGUAGCACAAAUUAUCACUGUGCAAGCAGACCAUAACAACAAAAGAAAACUUUCAUCUUGGAAAUGUUUCCCAACACCAAUAUUAGUGUUAUAAGCAGCCAAAGUUUGGUUUUAUAUAAAUGUAUCUAAGGCUUUGUACAGCUAUGUAUAGCAUAAUGCACUAGAUCUACAGGAGAGUGGUAUACCUUUAGAUCUUGUAAUAACACUAUUAGGUUUGCAGGUUGGACUGAGUAUCUCUUGUUGUUUGACUUGUCACAUUGCUCCAGACUACGUAGAUCUGAAAUCAGUGACUUUGCCAGAGAGAGGUAAAUACCUCUUCUCCAUUCCAGCGAUGCCCAGCCCUUGUAGCGUGCAACUUCUUUGUGAAAGGAGAGAUUCUUUUUCAAGGAAAAACAGAGCCUCCUUUUUGACACAAACUGUAGAUUAUAGCAGCCCUGGCCCAAAGGAAAUCGACUGAUUUUGUUUUAAACGGUAUAAAAGGGACACUAUAACAGCAGAAAUCCUGAACAAUUUUUCAUUAUUGUGUUAAUUUGAUUUUUCUUUUGGGGAUGUCUUGAGAGUGGCAACUUGUGUGACAUUGCACAUGACUAUUCUUUCACUGGCUUCUUAGCCUCUCUUACAACAUAGGGGAUAGUAUUGUACAUCAAUACCUUCAUAUGAAAUUUUUAUAUGCAAUGGAAAUAAAAGCAUGGAUUGAUUCUGCCUA